UUUUUUUGUGCGCGAUUAGAACACAUCCGUAAAGUAAAUAUCCCGUGAAAUUCUCAUCAUGUUCGAAGUCUUUAAAAGAAGAAACAGUGAUGCAAGUCGACGUAGGAUUCGCAUAGGUAACGAAACAAAACAAGUGUAUGAAGAUGAAUGUCGACGAUUAAUAAAUGUUGUAGAACAUUUAACAGAACAACGUAAAGAAUCAGUAGAGAUUAUACGAUUAGUAAAUAAAGGUUUAAGUGAUUUAAUAGGUAGUUUACAAAAAAAGCAUCCGAAAAAUGAUAAUGUUACACCAAUUCCUGAUGAAUUACUAAAUACUGUAUCAACUCAAUUAUUAAAUUCAAUUCAAGCUCAAAAUUCAGUUCAAGCUCAACUUGAUGGUGAAUUAUUAGAUGAAGAAGAUGAUACAUUUGUUGGAGACAAUGAAGCUAAUGAAGGAAGUUCCGUUAAGAAACAUGAUGAUGAUGGAUUAAAAACUGAACUGGUUAUAUUACAAAGUCAAAUGAAUAGAUUAAGAACUGAACAAGAUAAAUUAACUACAUAUAAACAGCAUAAGAAUACUAACGGUAAUGGAGAAUCAAGUAAUCAUGUUCAUAAAAGAAGAUCUACUGGUUUAAAUGAUUCAUUUAACUUUUCAAAAGAUAGUCUGCCUGAAAGUGAUUAUAGUGGGAUCAAUACCAGUAAAGAUGAUGAUGCUUACGAGACAAUAAAGAAACAGGAGAAAGAAAUUCAAAAACUUCGUAAAAAGGUUAAAAUUUACGAAGAUCAAGUUAAUGAGUAUUCUUCUUCCGUAAACGGUACGAUGAAUGAGGGUCACAUGAACGGAUCAACUAGCGGAAUAAAAGAUGAAAUUAAAAAAUUACAACGAUUGUUCCAUACGUUCACGAACGUAUCAAGUGAUGAAAUUGAAAUUAAUCAAGACUCGUCAAAUGAGUUGUUAGAAUCAUAUCAAUUAGGAUCAUUCCAAGAUAAUUCAAAAUCAAGAAUGCGCUUGUCCGCAGCAUUAGAAGCAAAAAUUACGUCUCUACUUAAUGAACAAGUCGAAGGUUAUUUUACAGUGAAGGAUACGUAUUUGGAAGACGAUUAUGAUGACAAUAAUCUUGAAUAUGAUUUGGUGAAUACCACCGAAAAAUUGUUUGAAUUAUUAAAUAAGUUUGCAGGUGCUCGUGCGAAUGGAGACGAAUCUCUCAGAAAAACAUGUACUAAACUUCGUUCUUUAAUCUACUCAUCAUUAAGUACCUCCUCCUUUUCAACUUUUGAAAAUGGUACACAUCCAUUUAUCAAUUCAUUAGUAUCACAACUCUUAAAAUCCAUGGAAGGAUAUCGUACACUUCCUACUGCAGAAUCAUCACAUGUUAAAGAGGAAGCAAAACAAAUUAUAUUAAGAUUUAUUUCUCUAAUUUAUUUUAAAUUAAAAUCCUUAGAACCUCAACCAAAAUUAGUUUAUUAUGAUCAGGGUACAAAUGUUGAUGAACAUAGUAUGAAAGGUGCUUGGGAUAAAAUAGAUGUAUCAAAUCAAAUAGUAGAUAUUUGUUAUUUCCCUGCCGUCAUAAAAAAUAAUAAUACAAUUAGUAAAGCUCAAAUAUUAUCUCGCCACCGUUAAUUAGAAGCCAACUUAAUCGACAAAAAAAAAAUUGUAUAUACUUUGAAACAUUGUAUUGAUUAGAUUAAGGAACACGUGACUACAAUAUAAACUCAUAUUU